ACAAUUUUUUUUCCUCUUCCAAUAUGGAGAAAUCUGCCAUUCCUUGCCAUUCAGAGAAAGAUGCAGCAGAUAAUAAUACUCCUGAGGAGAGUAGUUGGACAUUCUACAUUCAAGAAUUCAUGUGUGAAAAUGGAGAAAAAUCUUGUUUUUCUUCUGAUUAUGAAAGCCCUUCUCUUAUCUCAGAUGCUGCUUCUUCUGCAGUCAAAAGAUUUCCCAAUAAUUCUACAGGCUUAAUUUCUUCUAAAAAUUGUAAUCCCAACUUAAAGAAGAAGAAACCUAAAGGACCAGAAGUUGAUGAAGAUUUAGUGGACACUGCCAGCUCUCCUGUAAAUAGUCCUAAGGAGAUAUCUUAUAUGAACCAUUUUAUGAAUCAGAAAGAUAAGAUGGAUGCUGCAGAUCAGGUGAAAAGAAAUAGUUUGGGCCACAGAGGCUAGGAUUAUUGAAAGGGAUACAAAGAAGUGAAGAAAAAUAAGAACCUAUAUAUGUUGUUUGUAUUUCUUACUUCAUCAUAUAUAUACACACAUAUUUCUCCUUUGUCUUCAUGAACACUUCUUGUACCCUAUCAACUAAUGAAAUUCUUG